AUGGCGCACGACUCCGGGCCGACCCCGGAAGAACGGGCUGCAUUGGCCGAGGCCGAAUCCAGCUGUGACUCGUUCCUUCCUUUGCCAGAAAGGGCCAUCUCCUUCACAAGUCUUGCAGCGUCUCUGUCGCGGUAUCCCGCUAUUCGGGAUCGACGAUUCAACUACGGAACAGCAGGCUUUCGUGCGAACGCAGAGCUCCUGCCGCAUGUGGUUCACCGAUGCGGGCUCCUGGCAUCUCUUCUCGCUCUCGAUCAGCAGCGCCGAGCGGCGACGCGUCGCACGGCAGAAGAAACGAUCCGCCACAAGGGAGAGGAGGCUGCCGGCGUCUACGUAGGCUGUAUGAUCACCGCGAGUCACAACCCUGUGGAAGACAACGGAGUGAAGCUCGUCCGUCCUGAUGGUUGUCUCCUUUCCCCGGUCUGGGAGCUGUACGCGGAAGAUUUGGUGAAUGCAGCCUUCCUGGCACACGAUGCACCGGAGGAAGCUUUCGACAGGCGCGCCGCUGCGAACGCCUCGAACCAGAAGGCGACAGCGGAUCGCUGCCCCAACGCCGCCGUUCCCGGAGAGGCGACAGGUCAGGAAGCCGACAAAUGCGACGCAGGGCGUGUCGCGCCGGAACUGAAAGUGCUGAGGGAGAUCGCGCAAGAGCUCUUUUUGCAGGGAGAGAGGGGAUCGGGCGCGAGAAAGGAUGCAGCUGGCAAGAAAGAGAAACCUUCAGUAGACAACAGGAGAGCUGCGUCACGCUCGAGCCCGGCUCCGGUGUUCCCUUGCGUCAUUGUGGGGAGAGACAACCGGCCGUCAUCGCGGUGUCUGCAGGAGGCGUUCGAGGCGGGUGCCAGCGCGCUUGGCGUUCGAGUUAUUUCUCUGGGGCAAGUCACGACGGGGCAGCUGCAGUUCAUUGUAAGGCAGCAAAACGAGAGACUGGAAGGCGGCGUGGACGGAGAAGAGGAGCCGCAGCUUGAACGGCAGCCGCGAGAGAGACAGCAGGACGAAAACGAAAGAGGAGAUGAAGGCAGCCGCUUUGUUCGCCAAUACUAUGCCCACUUUGGAAAGGCAUUCUCGGCAUUCAUGCUCCAGGCGAGAGAGCUGAAGCAGCAAGCGUUGAGGGAGCGGGAAGAGCCACAGACGGACGGGAAGGCCCGCCACGGAGACGAAGCAAGGGAAGAAGUCGCUCUUCCGCUUUCCUUUCCUUCCAGUUCCCUCUUCCUUGACGCGGCAGACGGCGUGGGAGGUCCAUCGAUCGAGCCCUUUGUAGAGAUGCUCAGGAGGGACGCGGGUGUCUCUCUCUUUGUGCGCAACGCCGGACAGAACGACAGCCAAGAAGCGUGUGUCUCGGCGGGAGAAGACCGAGGCCGGCAGAAAACCGAAUCAGACAGAGAAGAUGCCAAAGAAGUGAAGGAGGGUCUCAAUGUCCUCUGUGGCGCCGAGCACGUGCAAAAGCUCAAGGCGUUGCCCAGAAAUUUUGGCGGUCGAACUGACGUGUCAGAAGGUACGCUUUGUGCGUCUUUUGACGGAGAUGCCGACCGCCUCAUUUUCUUCACUUGGGAGCAGAAACGCGCUUCGCGGCUGCCUUCUCUUCCGCCUUCGCCGGAUCCCUGCUCCGGUCCACAGCGGCUGUGCUCGCCGGAAGAGGCUGUGCGGGAAGAGCUGCAGCAAGCCUUUUCCCUCACCCAAGAUUCUUCCGUCACGCGGCGCAAUCUUUCUCGGGCAGGCAACGACGCAGACCUCGACCAGGAAGAAGGCGAACGAGGACAUGCACAUCGGGCCGCCAACUCAACGGCCAGCACCGGUCGCGGAAACGAACCGCACGCAGACCGGGCGGUGGAGACGCGAGAAGGCCAAGAUGGAGAGGACGGAACAGACGGGGCACGCGGGAGACGCGAACGAUCCCCAGGCGGAUUCGAGGCAGAGACAAACGCUGGGUCCCCUGGCGCCUGUGGACUGGAUUCUGCCAAUGGAGAAGCCGUAAAACAAAUGACGUCGUCCGCCCUCGAUGUGAGCGAGGAAGAGGCGAUUCGGAUGCGGCUCUACGACGGCGACCGAAUUGCUUGUCUCGUCGCGUUGACGCUUCUCUGCCUUCUCAAACAAGCUCUCGGGAAACCAAGAGAGCACGGCCAGCCUGUUUCGUCGCCUUCCGCGUCUCCUUCCUCGGAGCCUCUGUUGAGAAUUUGCGUCGUGCAAACGGCGUACGCAAACGGCGGAAGCACAACGUUCUUGAAGAAGCUCCAGGCGGCCGCCAGCUCCCUCACCUCCUCGGGCGUUCUGUUUGAGCUUACAUGCGUGCCUACGGGAGUCAAGCAUCUCCACCGCCGAGCGUCGGAAGCGUCUCUUGGGGUCUACUUCGAAGCAAAUGGACACGGCACGGUUGUGCGAGACGACGCACAGCUGGAUCUGUGGGCGGCGGCGCAUGGACUGUCUACGGUUGCAGAAUGGCGAAUUAUACGGGAAUUCGUAAAUCUCUUCAACGCGGCGACAGGCGACGCACAGACGAACUUGCUCGCCGUUGUUGCGGCUCUCUCUUGGAUGGACAUGUCUCCUCAACAGUGGAGCGAUUUGUACGACGAUCGACCGUGUCUCACGUUAAAGGUGGCGCUUCCACGGAGUGUCCUCGCGACUCUGAAACCCGAUCCCUGUGACGAGAAGACACUGAUGGAGCCUGCAAACCUCCAAUCUUGGAUCGACGAAGCCGUGGAAAAUACAGGGCCCUUCUGUCGAAGUUUCGUUCGGCCCUCCGGCACCGAAGACGUCUGUCGAAUUUACGUGGAGGCCCCGGACUCCCUCUCUGCCAAGACACUCGGCUCUGUUGUCUCUGAACUCGUUGUCCAAUACGCCGCGCUCCUCGAGGAAGCAACCAAGGAACAAGAUGGCCGAAAAGAUAGAUGGGAAGAGGAAUGA